UUUUUUAUAUUUUGCAGCGAAACCAUCCCGUGUGGUUCACAUCCGCAACAUCCCGACCGAAUCCAGCGAGGUGGACGUGAUGCAUCUUGGCGUUCCAUUUGGCCGCGUGACCAACGUGCUGGUGCUCAAGGGCAAGAAUCAGGCCUUCCUCGAGAUGGCCGACGAGAGUGCAGCCACCAGCAUGGUUACCAUGUUCACCGCAACCCCACCGAUCGUCCGCGGCAGGACCGUGUACGUGCAGUUCAGCAACCACCGGGAGCUGAAGACCGAUCAGAACCAUUCGGCGGCGAACAUGUCACUGCAGUCACAGGACCUAACCCAGUCGCCGACGGGAUCUCCACUGCCGUUGGCUUUGGAACAUGCCAAUAGCAACUCAACCGGAUCGACCGGUGCAUCCCAGGGUGGUCCGAACACGGUGCUGCGGGUCAUUGUGGAAUCGCUGCUGUACCCGGUCUCGUUGGAUAUUCUCUACCAGAUAUUCCAACGGUUCGGCAAGGUGCUCAAGAUUGUCACCUUCACCAAGAAUAAUUCGUUCCAGGCUCUAAUCCAGUACCCGGAUGCACCGACGGCACAGCACGCCAAACAGACACUGGACGGUCAGAACAUCUACAACGGCUGCUGCACACUGCGCAUCGACAACAGCAAGCUGACCUCGCUGAACGUCAAGUACAACAAUGACAAAUCCCGGGACUACACUAACCCGACACUGCCGUCCGGGGAACCGGGUAGCGACGUGAUCGCCAGUGCCGGUGGUCUCGUAUCGGCCGGUGAUUUGCUGCUGUUGGCCGCAGGCCAACGGCCCCAGCUCACAAGGGAACGAUUAGUCAAAUUAGACAAAUCUCCCUAUUUUCUAGUGAAUGGAUUAGCGACUCCCGGGGUGAUUCCACCCUUUGGUCUAGGUCUAGGAUCGCCGGCCCUCGCUAGCGCCUAUGGUGGCGCUCUGCCGAACCUGGGCGCUUUCGCUCUGGCCUCCAACGGCGCCCUCGGAACACCGAACCCGGCUGUACUGCGAGGACUCUCCAACGUUUUGCUCGUCUCCAAUCUCAACGAGGAGAUGGUCACGCCUGAUGCUCUAUUUACCCUCUUUGGGGUGUAUGGUGAUGUACAACGUGUAAAGAUUCUAUACAACAAGAAGGAUUCAGCACUCAUCCAGAUGGCUGAACCCCACCAAGCGUAUUUGGCAAUGACCCAUUUGGACAAGCUCCGCAUCUGGAACAAGACGAUCCGUGUAAUGGCCAGCAAGCAUCAGGCGGUGCAGUUGCCGAAGGAGGGCCAGCCGGAUGCCGGCCUGACCCGGGACUACGCACAGAACCCCCUGCACCGGUUCAAGAAACCGGGCAGCAAAAACUACCAGAACAUCUAUCCACCGUCUGCCACACUGCAUUUAAGCAACAUUCCAGCUACCGUAACCGAGGAUGAGAUUAAAGAAGCCUUCACCAAAAAUGGCUUCGAAGUCAAAGCAUUCAAAUUUUUCCCAAAAGACCACAAGAUGGCUCUGAUACAGCUCAGCACGAUCGAGGAUGCCGUGUGCGCUCUGAUCAAGAUGCACAACUACCAGCUGUCGGAGUCGAACCAUCUGCGUGUCAGUUUCUCCAAAUCCAACAUCUAAAUGUGUAGCGCACUCUCUCCGACUACUACAUCACUAUUAUUACUAUUGCUUCUACUAGCGAAUACCGCAGUUUCAAAAUCUGCUCUCAAUAAACGCAUACACCUUACUAGCUAGCUACUGGAGUAUAGAUCCAACGGCGACGCAAACCCAUGAUUGUUUUAGUGAGUAGAGGGUUGGUUUGUAGUAACCAAUCGAUCGACCCAGUGCAUUAUGAGACUCUCUCUCUCUCUGAGACGACCCACCCUGAGUCGUCGCCGUCAUCAUCAUUUCCGUAGAUCUAUAUAACAAAAAAAAACCCAACCCUGGAUCAUCAUUCUGUGUGUUCAUCCUAACCCUGUGUUAGUGGCUGUCCGAAUCGAACUGAUAACGCCUACUGCGUCGUUGCGCCAUUGCUCUGCUGAAUCAACGGAACGGGCCAUUCGGUUUAAACAGAAGACAGAAGGAAAAUGGGGCUUGGCCAAAACCGCCGAAUCAAACAAAACACGAACACACGUGUGCACUCACAUUAAACAGAACCACUCCUCCGCAGUCAAAUGUGUAAAUUGUAUUAGAAUCUUUUUGCUAGAAGAAGAUGCGAAAAAAGCGUUAAAUGGGAACAAACUUUACCUAUAAACAAACAAACAAAAAACAAUCUUACGAGAAAUGAAAAAAGCAUUACUACACAGAAGAAAGACAGCAGGCGUGUGUGACAACAAAAUGACCCCGGAGAAGGAAAGAAACAAAAUCAGAUUAAAGUAGUUCGAAUAGCAUAAUGCGCAAGGGAGACAAACAGGAGAGCAGAAAUCAACAUAUUGAAAAAAAUAAAAAUAAAACAAACACAGAUUACUAUUUAAGAGCCGUAGAAAAUCGUAUUUAAAUGUACUAAACAGAAGAUUAUAUCUAGAGUCAAGAAAACUCAACAAAACUGAAUUACUAAGGCGAAGCAGAUAACAGUUGAACUUUUCACGAACGUACAGAUCUGAACUUAGAAGUCGAAAAAGAUGGAAAAAACUUUUUCUCCGAAUUUCAUGCGGUUAAUUGCGUUUUUUUUAAUUUUAUUAAACCUAACCCUACUACAAUUAAUUGGUGUUUAUUUUGUUUACUUCUCUAAUUUAAAACUAUAACGUACUGAAAAAUGGUGGCCGGUGAAGCGGAAAGCUUAGUUUAAGCUAUUCUUCUCUUUUGUCGUUCCACUGCUACGUAAGCCAGUCCCCCUAGCCUACGGAACUGUUGGCUUAAGGUAUCUCAUUUUCUUCAAAAGAAAACAAAUUUGUAGCGAUGAUCUGUGUGUUAGGUUUAUAUAGCAGGUGCGCGCGCGUACGGGGGAAGGAAACAAAAAAAAAUGUGCGCAGUUUCGAGGGAAAUCGAAGGAAAACAAUUUAUGUAUUAUUAAUUGAUAGUUAGCCUAGGUUAAACAUGCUAGUUUUUAUUGCUCUUUACUAUUUAAAUGAACAAGCAAACCAGCAAAUCAACCGGAAACGAAGGCAGAGUAACAUUGAGAAGAACAAAAAAACGAAUAAUUUUCAGUAUUGUUUAAUUAUUAGACAAGAGUGCGGUGGGAUGGAUGUUUGAGGUGUAAAAAGUUAGGUUAAAGAGUUAGGGACUUUAGGGGGGACACAAACACACACACAUGUGUCCACGUCCCGGUAGAUGUUAGUUUUUUUUCAUUUCUUUAUAUUCAAUGUUAAUUGUUUAAGUUGUAGUUAUUUAUGACAUUUUUUCCGUGUUAAGGUGUAAGGAGAAUUAUUUUUCUUAGUUGCAAUAGCUUUUACCCGGGGACGCCGCUGGCGAGAGGGACCCGCGUACAUACGCACUGGGCGAGGAUGAAAUCUCAGGUAUAGAACUGUUCACCCUCGACGAUUUUCUCCUGAGGAGAAAAUUAUGUGGCGACGCAAAAAAAGUUUACAUCGUACGUUCCUCGAAGCGAAUAAUGUUGCGGUGCCUCGAAAUGGAGACUGUCGAUUCAGAGUGCAGAAACCGCGCCGGGAAAUGUGAUUUGCUUUGUGAUCAGUUGACAGAUAAGAAAAUGGAAAGUGUGUAGGUAGUAGAACAAAAACGAUCACCAGCAAUUGGUUGAACUUUUCGUCGGGCCGUUGACAUUCUUUUCUAUGCUCCCUUCCUGAUUUCGCUAAAAAUGAUACGUUCUGUCGAUCAGAGCGUUAACACACACCUACUACAAAAGUUGAAUAAAUGAGAAAAAGUGUCAAAUCAAACAGGUGAAAAAGUAGACAGCAUCAACUCAGUAAACAUGCAAGUAAAAUCAAUCAUUUUGUAUAAGUCAUACUGCUGAAAACAAUCAUUCGCGAGAGAGAUACAUGACGCGUGACAAUUCAUCAAUGUGUAUAAACGACAGAACUAAUCAGCAUUGAAGAAAAAUCGCACACACAGAAAACCAAGUGCAAGAUACAUACUUACACACACACAUACACACACACACCCUAGGGAAAUAAGAGAUAAAUAGCCGUUGCAUUUUUUGAGCUUAUCGAAGAAAACCAACAGAAGUGGAUGAGAACACGUAUUAAAGUAAUUAUAUAUUAAAAAAUGGAGAAAUCAUAGAAAAAGUAACUAUAAAAAGUGGUGAUUAAAUCAUUAAACAGUUUUUUAUGAUUAUUAUGAUAAAAAGGUAUAUAAAACUAUAUAUUUAGAAUAUUAAUCUAUAUUAACAAGAGUAAAACCGAGGCAAGAGGCGAUAGUGAAAA